CUCGAUUCGAUCACUGGAAAGGUAUGUGUUUUGUGCAAAGAGCCUGUUAGACCAUGGAAAUCGAUUGAAGAAUAAUACAACAUUCAAUACAGGGAUUUUAAGAAAACAGUGACAUGGAAGCAUUCAGAAGACAAAGGGUUGGUAGAAGGAGAAGGCAUCGGAAAAAGCAACAUGAAAUAAAGCCAGUUUCAUGUGCACAUGAGUCCUGCAUCAUGGAGCUGCGGAAAUGGAUGAAAGACGUGGCUGGGUUUUCUACUGAACUCACCCCAGCUGUGUUUCAUGAUACUGGAAGAGGUCUCAGAACAAAAAAGUCAGUCAGAUCUGGGGACUGUAUCAUAUCAUUACCAAAGUGUAUUCUAAUAACCACAGAAACAGCUUUCACCACUCAGAUUGGGACCUACCUUAAACAGUGGUACCCUAAACUUCAACCACAAGCCUGUAUAGCGGUCUUUCUUGUGUGGGAGAGACACAGACAUAAACAAUCCCAUUGGUAUCCAUACAUUACUUCACUUCCAGAGGACUUUACUACGCCCCCAUACUUCACUGACAAAGAGUUAUCUUACUUGCCGGACUUAGUUCAAAUGAAGGCCAGAGAUGAAAAGAAAAAAGUAGUAAACACUUUUGAUGAAAUUGUAACUUUUAGCAAGCAGUAUUGGACAGAGUUUUAUAAAGUACUUACUUAUAAAGAUUAUCGAUGGGCCUGGAGUGUUGUUAAUACUAGAAGCGUUUAUAUGGAGAUGGAACAUUGUGAAUACCUGGAUGAAUCAGAGCCUAAUAAUAUUGCUCUUGCUCCAUUUCUGGACCUUUUAAAUCAUUCACCCACAGCAAAUAUUAAAGCCGAGUACAAUCCUAACACGGCACUUUAUGAGAUUACAACCUACGAUUCCUAUAAACCUUAUGACCAAGUCUUCAUUUCCUAUGGUUGUCUUGGAAGUCAUAAGCUGUUCCUUAACUAUGGGUUUUGUAUUCCAGGAAAUGUUAACGAUGAAGUGGAAUUGGAAGAACAUGUUUCUAAAGUUAUCAAGAGAGAGAAAAUUCAACACCGUGACAAGAAAAUAAAUCUUCUUAAACAAAAGGGACUUGUAAGUGGAAUGACAUGCAGUAACGAAGGUUUAUCCUGGAAGUUCUGGAUUGCCAUGGAAACACUGGUCAUGGACUGGGACCAACUGCAGAAAUGGUCGAGCCUGAUGACAGUGGACAUUACAGAAGAAACUGCCACUCCAGCUGCCAAGAAUCUGGCCAGGGGUAUCAUCCAAGAGGGUCUGUUUCAAGUAAGACACAGAGAACGAUACAUCGAACAGAAUACAUCUGAUGCUGACGAUGCCACACAUGUGGACUUGGCACAGAUGUUAUUGACACUUGAGAAGAGUAUUCUGACGAAGUGUUUACCUAAGUGAAAUAAAGGUAGUGAAAAGUUGAGGAUAUACAUUUGUUUUUCCAUACUUUUUUGUAGGCUGUUGAAAAACAUCUAUGUGCAUCAGUUUUGGAAGAUUCUGAUUCCAUAAUUCUAAUUGCAUUUGUUUUUUUAAGAAUCUGCAUAAUAUUUAAAGACGUUUCACUCUAGGAAUGGAUAACAAUAUUUGACCUAUUGGAUGUUUUCAUUGGUUUAGGUCAAGGUUGCAAAAAUCAUUCUGAAAAAAAUAUGGCCAUCAAAUGGACUCAUUCAUGAACUUAAACUGUGUCACUCUUGUAAAUACAACUAGUAUUGGUAUUGCCACUGGUUAUAUAAAAGAGUUUACUUUUGCAAACAAUGAACAAUAUUUACUUUGAUCAGCUUCAAAACAUGUCUUAUGUUGAAGUAAAUACUGUGAACUGCUUAUUUUUUUUAGUUUAAAUUUCCUUUUCUUAUUUCAGUAUGAUAGUAUAGAAUGUCAAUAACAGCUGUCAGAUAUAUAUAAAAUGCAAAAAGGUCAACAUUCAUAUAAAUGUAAAUGAAUACAGUGAUAAUGUUACCCCAUUAUAUAUCUUAUUUAUAUAAAUGUGAUAGUAUAGGGCAAAUAUUUUUAAUCGUUAUAGAAUAUCAUGGUUUUGUAAGCAGAAGGCCACAUUGUAAAUAUGUUUUUUUUUUAUAGUAAAUCAUAAUGUAUAACUAACUUUUCAGAAUAAAGAU